GAAUUGGUCCUGCUGCGAGUUUCACCAUGGCCUGUACGAAAUAUGAUUGUUCGUUCCUUUUGCUGUGUUUUAUUUAUUCUUCGUUACUGGUAGUCGAUGUAAUUUGUGAUGCUGACGCGGAAGAAGAAGACGAGCACGCCAAGCACACAUACACGGUGGAUAUGUUUAAGGAGGCUGUGCCCACUGCGCCUCACUUUGUCAUGUUUUACGCUCCGUGGUGUGGCCAUUGUCAGAGGUUGCAGCCAACAUGGAAUGAACUGGCAGAUAAAUACAAUGGCAUGGAUGACCCCCCAGUGUAUGUAGUAAAAGUAGACUGUGUCCAGAACACAAAGUUCUGCUCAAAUGUGCACGGGGUCAGAGGCUACCCCACGCUGAAAUUGUUUAAACCAGACCAGGAGGCAAUUAAAUAUCAGGGGUCAAGAGAUCUACAAUCACUGGAAACCUGGAUGCUGAAGACACUCCAGGAUGAUUUUUCGGAACCUGAAAUUGAAUUGGAGCCACCUAAAGUCCCAGAGCCCAAACAGGGCAUGUAUGAGCUCACGGCGCUCAGCUUUAAAACCCACAUUGCUAAAGGCGCUCAUUUUAUUAAGUUCUUUGCCCCCUGGUGUGGCCACUGCAAAGCCAUGGCCCCAACCUGGGAACAGUUGGCUACUACGUUUGAACACUCUAAUGACGUUAAGGUUGGAAAGGUGGACUGUACACAGCACUAUGAGGUGUGUUCUGAGCAUGGAGUACGGGGAUAUCCCACACUGCUCUUCUUUUACAAUGGACAGAAGGUAGAGCAGUUCAAAGGAAAGAGAGACCUGGAUUCUUUGAAAGACUUUGUGGACAACCAGUUGAAAGCUGUUGCAGAGGAGGAACACAAACCAGCUGAGGAUCAAACAGAAAAUCAGAUCCCCACUGAAGAACCUGCCAAAGAGGAAGUAAAAUCCAGUGUGGUUGUCCUGACGGAGCACAACUUUGAUGAGAUCAUAGCCAAAGGCCUGACCUUUGUCAAAUUCUACGCUCCAUGGUGUGGUCACUGUAAGAACCUCGCUCCAACGUGGGAGGAUCUUUCCAGGAAAGAGUUUCCUGGCCUCACUGAUGUCACGAUAGCUGAAGUGGAUUGCACUGUGGAGCGCACGCUCUGCAACAGGUUCUCUGUGCGAGGCUACCCCACCUUAAUCAUGUUCAGAGCAGGCGAGCAGGGAGAUGAGCAUGACGGUGGACGGGACCUGGAGAGCCUACACAGCUUUGUGAUGAAACAGGCGAGAGACGAACUGUAGAAACAGUCAAAACGGUACUUGUUCUCCACUACUGUGCUCACCCACGCUGCAUAUCUGGCCAGUAGGAUGCCACUAACUGUCUCCUCUACAAGAGCCAAAGCUUCUCUCUAUCUCUCCACAUGGGUUUUUCUACAGAAAGGAGUCAGCCUAUGAUGGACUGCUCAGAUCUGUUCUUUCUCCACUGGUCUGGUCUAUAGAAUGAGACCACACAAAUGCAAGACUUUGAAUUUUAAUGGGCUCCCCGCCUUAUGAUUUCCACCCUCAAGUAUUCUGGAGAUUGAUUCAUGGUGAAUGGUACUGGUAAUUAAUGCCUGACAACCACUUUGUAAGACCAGAACUCUUCACUGGAAGAAAAAAGUUUAUGAAAAGGUUAAUGUUAAAGGACAUCCUGAUUUCUAACUGCACUGUUUACUUUUGAAAACUUUAGAUGCAGAAUUUUGUAUGUCGGGUAUGCUGUUAAAUCAUAAGCCAUUUAAUUAAUUGUUAGUGAAAAGGUUGAAGUAACUUGUUUGAGGGUACUUUCUGUCACGCCAUGAUGGCCUAUCUGACUUCACUCUCAGGGAGACACCCACACUGACCAGGAGCUGGAACGGAAGCAUCACCACAGGUUGGGAUCAUGGGAUCAUAGCUUUAUCUCUCUUAAGUAAUCAGGAUUUUUAUUAUAUUUCCUAUUCAGUAGGUAGAGCUGGUCAACAUGGCCACACAUCCUGCCCCAUUUAUGCCUCCUUUGAUUAUCCGUUUCUGUUCCCUAUCAUGCAGCAACUCCCAACACCAUUGUUGGGAGUUUUCACCACUUAAUUUUAUUGAACCAAAUGCCUCUUGCUUAUUUUGGUGGGCUGUAGUUCAAAGUGCAAGUCCCCUUAGAAAUGUCCAUAGUAAGUCCCUUCAGCUGCUCCCUUGUUUUCACUCGGAGUUGCCAUUUGGCACAAGGUUUAUGCCGGAUCCCCUUCCUGACAACACCACAUCACAUGGAGAAAUGUGGCAGGGGUGCGGUUUGAACUGGGAACCUUCCACACUGAAACCAAGCAUACUAACCACUUGGCUGCCACCCCUGUCCCCCUUAGAAAUGUCCAUGAUAUCUUAAAGUGUUUGGCAUAAUAAAAAUCAAAGCAAUUGGGAAGAAACUGAUACAAAAAAAAAAAAGAUUUCCGAGAACUGAGAUUAUUUUGCAUGAAAAAGUGUGGCUCCGUUUAAGCCGCAGGAACUCGACCUACUUCCCAGAUGUCUUGACCAUUUCCAGGAACAGCCCCAUGAUUGGCCUCCCAUGAAUAUCCACUGGGUUUUUACGUCAAUUACAUUAAAUGUUGAUGUUAAUGAGAACAUUAGCUUUAACUUUGGAUGCAAAGGUGACACAACAGAUUUUUUUUUUUUUUUUUUUUUUUUUUACUAUCACUAGCAUGCAAUGUUGGCACACUAGUCAAAGUAAAAGCCAGAGUAAAGUUUGUGGUUUAUUUGGCAUCCCACUAGCUUGCUAACAUAAUGCAUGGAUAAUGACUCUUAAAAUUCAUGUGACUCAUUAAUUGUGUAAUUAACAUUUGUUUACCUGAUGGAGUUUACUUUAGCAUCUGUGGUUGAACAGACUUUUGUUCCAAUGUUGCUGGUGUCUGAUGCUCUGAGCAACUUUUGUUGGUGCAUUCUGUUAGAUGCUUGUCGUUCUGCUUCAACUUUAAAAUUUUCCCUCUGCACUGUUCCGUGGUUACGGACAUGCAUUGUAGAUCUUUCUUAUUCUACUACAAGGACUUGGAAUUGUCAUUAGACCUCAUCAGUCGGCAACAAAACACCGGUGACUCUUCAAGAGCCCAUCUGUCAUCUCUUGUUUCUUCUUCUUCUUCAAAAAAAAUGUGCCUGUUGCUUGUUCUUCUUAUCCUCGGUGUUUGACCAAUCAGCACCAACCACCCAAGAGCAGGGAGUUAUUUCUCCCCGAAAAGGUCCAGAAAAUCUCCUUUCAGGGGUGAUCCCUGUGGUGCAGACAUUCAAGAAGGUAUUGGAUCCCUAAAAUGGUUGAAGGGUUCCUGUGGUGGAUAUGGAAGUAUACAUGGCACCUGCUUUCGUGUCCUUUUUUUAAAAAAAAAUGGAAAUGAAUGUAGCAUUUACUGAUGUGAGUUUGGCGAUUACCAGUGUCAAGUCAGCUUUCUGACUCUGAAUGUGGUCUGUUGGCAUGUUUGUCUUUGGUCAGGUGUUUGCUCUCGCAAUCUGGUGCUAACAUUUCAAACAUCCUUUUGGCUCAAAGCCUGGGACACAAAGCUUUAAGUGUAACACCUUUAGGCACCUCAUGCACUGGAUUCUUGGUACUGUGAAGUUUGACACAGACGUGGGUCUUAAAAUAUCAGCAGGUUUGCUGGUGUGUGUGUAUGUGCCGUGAUCAACACAUCUAUCAGUGUGUGCCAGCGCUCUUUAUUUUUAACAGUUCAAAUGGAACACAGACAACAGUUUUUGUCAGUAAAUGUCUUUAUGGAUAACACAUGGUCGAGGAACCUCCAGUGACAUAAGUCUUUCUUCCUUGUGAAACAAACACAGGUUGCGCACUGCCCACCAAUUUUGUACAAAAAGGUUGAAUAAUGGCAAGUUGUUAACAUGAGAUUUCAUAAUAAAUUCUUCUCAAAAAUAAGUUUGCAAUUCA